AUGGUGAGGGAAGGCCGGGCGCGCGACAGGAGGGGGCCUCAGGGCGCCUGCCGACCCGCGCGCGGCGCUCGGGGCUGGGAGGCUAGGCGCUUCCGGCUCUCGGAUGGGCAGCCAGGAGGUCACGCCCUCUCCCGGUGGGGCUCGAGGGGAAGCGGAGGCUCCAGCAGGGCGGGGCGGGGGCCAGGUAGCCGUGAACGGACGCCCGGGGCCCCGACCCCCAGGCCCACGCUCUUUCCGCGCUGCUGUGCGGGGGCGGGGCGUCCCAGCCGCCCUCGGAAGUCCAUGCCUGGGGCUCAGUUAGUGCCCGCCGGCAAGGCACAUAGGCUGAGUGCCGAGGAGAGGGACCAACUGUUGCCAAACCUGAGGGCUGUGGGGUGGAAUGAGCUGGAAGGCCGAGAUGCCAUCUUCAAGCAAUUCCAUUUCAAAGACUUCAACAGGGCUUUCGGGUUCAUGACAAGGGUGGCCCUGCAGGCUGAAAAAUUGGACCACCAUCCUGAAUGGUUUAAUGUGUACAACAAGGUCCACAUCACCCUGAGCACCCACGAGUGUGCAGGCCUUUCGGAGCGGGACAUAAACCUAGCCAGCUUCAUUGAACAAGUAGCAGUAGCCAUGACGUAA